CCUACAUUCAUAAUGCUCUCAAAUACGUCGCUGGAAACGUCAAAAUGGGGAAACUCAUCAACGACAUUAGUAGACCGCAAAUUCUGGGAAUACUUCGAGAUGGCUGAAGAGAGACACAACAUAAGCUGGGAGGCCUGGGAGGAGGUGGCCGGGCGCCAGCAGGGCGCCGUGCUGAGCGCGUACGGCAUGCUCAUGGGCGUGGGCGCCGUGGGCAACGUGGUCGUCCUAGCCGCGCUGGCGGGCGCGCGGCGACGGCGCUCACGAGUCGACAUGCUCAUGACUCAUCUCGCGGUCGCCGACGUCUGUGUCACUUGCGGGGUCAUACCGUUGGAGAUCGGUUGGAAGUACACGAACGCAUGGCUGGUCGGCAACCUGCUGUGCAAGGUGCUGCUCGUGAUGCGAGCAUUCGGCCUCUACCUGUCCUCUAACGUGCUCGUCUGCAUCUCCAUAGAUAGGUUCUUCGCAGUGCUGUACCCGCUGAAGCUGUCCGUAGCACGGAGGAGAAGUAAGCAGAUGCUGUUCGCUGCUUGGGUGACCGCUCUAGCGUGCAGCUUGCCACAGAGCGCAGUGUUCAAAGUGAUGCAUCACCCACACGUGGUCGGCUUCAAGCAGUGCGUGUCGUUCGACGCGUUCGCCAGUGCUCGCCUCGAGCUCGCGUACAACGUGUUCUGCCUGUGUGCGAUGUACUUUGCGCCUCUGCUGAUCAUCACGGUGUGCUACGUGUGCAUCUUCUGCGAGAUACGACGCAGCAGCAACGACCUGGAGGAAAAAUGUGUGCACAGCGUCAGCAAUGUACGGUUGCGGAGAUCAGACAAGCGGGUAUUGGAGCGGGCGCGGCGGAGGACGCUUCGAAUGACAGUCAUCAUUGUCACAGUGUUCGCGCUGUGCUGGUUGCCGUACGCUACUAUGGCCAUGUGGUACAUGGUAGACCGCGCAUCAGCGUCGCGUGUGUCUCCCCUGGUGCAGGACCUGCUGUUUGCGAUGGCCGUCUCCAACUCCUGCAUGAACCCGCUGGUGUACGGCUCGUACGCGCUGCGGCUGAGCGGCACCCUGCAGAGGCUGCUGAAGAAGAGCUGUUGCUGCACCACGACCACGUCUGACACUGCUGGGAACUCAGGCACGAGUUCUACAAAGAACCGCAAGAACACCACAGCUGUCUGCCUGGCGAAACCUGUAAUGAAUGCACGCGUAAGACCGCGCCGUGGUGUGCGGUUUGCGGAGACGUCGCUAACUGCGGUUCCUGAGCGCGUGGACGUGCAGAAACCGCGCGGGCCCGCCUGACAUCCGCCCGCCCGUCUGCACUGCGCGCACCACGAGCGAUGCCGAGUGCUGCACGAGUAUUACAAAACCAAGUCUACCGCUGUUUAGAUUGAACUGGCCUA